AUGCGUCUAGCCUUCGCCGCCCGCCUCGCCCUGGCCUGCUGCCUCGAUGUUGUUCGAGCCAAUACCGAAAAGGUUAUCUUUCUUGGGCCCGAGACGGUCAACGUUCCGACCACGCCACCAACAAUUCAGGACCUCCGUUUAGACGUCCUCACACCCGAUGAGUGGUCCAAACGGGUUCAACUGCCAGCGUCAUUUCCAACCUCGGACUCUCCACUGGGCACGACAUCCUGGCUGCUGCUCACCAACUUGACCCAAGGCCAGCGUUACGAACUUCGAGUGUGUUGGUCGGCCACGCAACCCACUGCUUUCGCGCUCGAUGUCUUUGAGCUGCCCGCUGUGUGGGAUACUCCAGAGCUCAUUUCAUCAUUGGCAACUUACGCAUUCUCGCGUCAGUCUGAUCAGGAUGAUGCCGACGCGCACCAAGCCUUGCAGAGCAGAGGACGGGAGCAUGAAAGUUCGCUGCUGUUCCUUCGGGUUUCGGCCUCGGCGGACUAUUUCACAGACAACAACACACUCAUGGCCAAAGUCGAGCCCGUCAGCGUUGACUUGAUCCUCGACCCGUUCUUGUUCAAUGCUUUGCCACGGUCCUUGACGCCUACCGUCGCUUACAUCGUACUCGUGGCGCUUUCAGCUUGGUUUCUAUCUAAAUGCAUUCUCGCUUGGAUUCAACCGGUACUCGCCGAUGAAGACCGGUCCACGGAAACGAAGAAGAGGCUCUGA